CCAGGAUUCUUUCAAUACCUGGCCGACCGAAAAACCCCACGACGGAAAAUGCGUACCCCCAUUCUCGUCGCUAUCACAGCGGCGGCCGCUGCGACCCUGGCUGCCGGCGCUUCCGUGACUGGCAAAAUAUUCUCGAACCCCACCUGCGCGGGGUCCGUCCUCAUGGAGUCGGUCUUCACCGACAAAGCAUGCCUCUCUCUCCGCCCACUCUAUGCCAGAGUCUCUUACGUGAACGGAGCCGUCGCGCUGCAGAACUACGAUAGCCAGGCCAACUGUUUCCGUUAGACUGCGCCCAUCAACACCACCACCCAAGCGGUCGACACCUGUAUGAGAGGAAACAAACUUUACUGUAGCGACAUCACGCUAUCCGCGCCGGUCAAACCCGAGGCUCAAGCAGGCUGGAACACGUCCUUUGAAUUGUACCCGACUCUCGCGGACUGCGGAG